AUGGCAUCAGCAAGUCUGCAGUUCUUUGCUUUUAUUCUGGCUCUGUUUGGUGUUUUUGGAGAUAUCACAGCCACCCUGCUACCAAACUGGAAGGUAAACGCAGAUGUUGGUUCAAGUAUCAUAACGGCUAUCACGCAGAUGCAAGGACUUUGGAUGGACUGCACGUGGUACAGCACUGGGAUGUUUAGCUGUACCCUGAAAUACUCCAUUCUCUCUCUGCCGGUCUACAUCCAGGCUGCACGGACCACCAUGGUACUGUCUUGCAUUCUCUCAGCCUUCGGGAUCUGCAUCACUACAAUCGGAAUGAAAUGCACGAAGUUGGGAGGGGACACUGACAGCAAAAGUCAUGCUUGCUUUGCUGGAGGAGUCUGCUUCAUUCUUGCAGGAAUCUUUGAAUUAGUACCAACAUCUUGGUACACGAGAGAAAUUAUUGCAAAUUUUCUGGACCAGACCAUUCCAGAGAGCAGUAAACACGAACCAGGAGGCGCAGUUUACACAGGAUUCAUUUCAGCAGUGCUUCUGCUUAUUGCAGGUGUGAUCUUCUGCACCUCCUGUUUUAAAAAGCAGCAAGGAGCAUGGAUUUACCAUCCAAAGCAGCACCACUUCCCAGCCACAGAGCAGGACAGCAAUGCAGGUUACAAUCUGAAAGACUAUGUGUAA